GGAUGAAUAGUCCUUUGUACAGAAUGGAAUCUCGGUGUAGAACGGAGCCUGAGGCCUAGUUGAACGAAUUUCAUUGACCGGGAAACUCUGCUGUAUCCUUGGGGCGCAGUGUCUGGGCCUGUGGUUGACACCUGACCCCGGGAAUCCCCGCUAAGUAGCCCACUUGCCAUGCUGGAGUCUUCCCCUCUUACUGAGUGGUCACUGGGGCAGCUUCCACACACCCCUGAACAUUCCCAAUACCUCUUCUUGAAUGUGGUGAAAUAAGAAAUGAGGGCUCCGUCGCCGACCAAGCGUAAAGAACACACUCAAGAAAAAUCCAAAGACAGGACCAAGGAAAAAUCUAGUAUCAAGGAGUCAAGUGAGAAAGAACGAGGUCGUGAUAAGACCCGCAAAAGGAGAAGUGCCUCAACUGGGAGCAGCAGCACUAGCUCCAGCUCCAGUUCGGGAUCCAGUUCUACCUCUGCCUCCAGCAGUGGAUCGAGCUCAUCCUCAGCCUCUAGUCGCUCUGGAAGUUCUAGCAGUUCUCGUAGCUCCAGUUCCAGUACUUCCUCUGGAUCUCCAAGUCCGUCCCGACGCAGGCAUACUAACAGGAGGCGCACUCGUUCAAAAUCUAAAUCACCAAAACGAGAUGACAAGGAAAGAAAGAAAAGAAGUCCAACUCCCAGGCCAACGAAAGUGCACAUUGGCAGGCUGACAAAGAAUGUGACCAAGGAGCACAUCAUGGAGAUCUUCUCUACAUAUGGGAAGAUCAAACUGAUUGAUAUGCCACUAGACCGCUUCCACCCUCACUUGUCCAAAGGUUAUGCCUAUGUGGAGUUUGAGAACCCAGAUGAUACAGAGAAGGCUCUGAAACAUAUGGAUGGAGGUCAGAUCGAUGGUCAGGAAGUAACAGCGACUGCCGUGUUGGCUCCUCGGCCCAGACCAUUGCCUCGACGAAUGACGCCUCCACGUAGAAUGCCACCACCUCCUCCCAUGUGGCGUAGAACUCCCCCACGAAUGAGGAGAAGGUCCCGCUCGCCUCGCAGACGGUCACCAGUCCGCAGACGGUCUCGGUCACGAUCACCAGGACGCCGGCGUCACCGUAGCAGAUCCAGCUCCAACUCCUCCCGAUAAAGACUGUAAAUUUUCUGGGGCUUCUGUUCAUAAGAUAAAUCUUGAAAUGGAGGCUGAAAUGUACUUUGGCAAUUUAGUGAAUUUUCCCCAUCUCUUAACUCUGUUCAGGUUGUGUUUUACUUCAGUUCUGUAAUUAAGUGGGUGGGUGGGAGGGCGUAGGGAGAAAUUCUGUAUUUUAAAUGUUUGCACAUAAUAUGUGCUCUGUUUGGGGUAGGAUGGGGAUGGAAAGGUACAACCCAGGACUGUGAGAAUGUCCAUGUAUUAAAUGAAGGCAAAUACGGAACACUAUCCAGUCAUCAAAUUAUAAUGGUCAUCAAGACAGCACCUGGGGUCUUGGUUGCUAUUGUUGAUGGUAGAGCAGAUUCCCUGUCAGAUUGACCUCCAAACAAAUGCAGUGUUGUUGAGAUGAAGGAGGUGCUACUCAUGAUUUGCUCCAACAUGGGACUGGUUAAGUUUUGCUUCAUUCACACAAUCCAAGUAGAAAAUGAACAGAGAAAUAAUGUUUGGAUUCAGAUAUGAGUUUUAAUUCACACAUGGGGACGUUCUGCAGGAGUUGAGUAUCAAGAGUGACUCUGUCCAAUUGUUUUGGAUUUUUGUAUUUUUUUUUUGGUUGGAUCCUUUGCUGUAUUUAUACCAUUUUUCUGUAUAAGUUCUAUACUUCAAUAAACCAGGAUCAUUA